CACUCCCACUGCACAGAAGGGGGGUGGGGCACGUCUCCUAUUAUUUUUUUGUAAACAAGCUCUUUUAGCAUGCAAAUAUGACGUUUUUCACAGUGAAACACGGAGCUGAUGAAGAAGCCUUAUUCAAUCCUGACUGUAGCUUGAAGCUUCUGGUUGACAGUAUCAAAAAGAGAUGCAAUUUCCCUAACAUCAAUGGAGCCUCCGUAGGACUUGCAGAUGCAGAAGCAGAAAAGUUCACAAUAAUCAACCUCUCUGAGCAGAGCAAUGAAAUGAGUUCCUGUGUAUCUCUGUUUACCAAAAGAGGAGUGUACAUACUCCUAGCUAUUAUCAAGCGAGACAGUGGUCCACCCAAGUACCACCCGCUACUGGACAAUGUGGACAAAGAGUUUACAGUUAAGUUAGACUCUCUAUCUAAUCCAAAAGCUGCUGCAGCUGAAAAAAUGAGGAGAGUGCGAUCAAUAGCAAAGAACCCAUCUAUGAUUUCUGGUUUGGGCAAAAAGAAAACUUCCUCGUCACUCAGUAAAAGUUUCAGUGCAUCAAGCCGAGGAAAGUGACUGUAUAUAGCUUAAUUAAUUUUCGCUUUCUCUCAAAACUUUUUUAAAAUCCAUGUAUAUAUAAUGUAUGUACAGAUUACAUUUUUGUCUGUGUGUGAAAGCAAAGAUUUCACUUGAGGCCAUUUCAUAAUUAUAUUAAAAG